AACUGCCAACUUUCGUUCCAUAGCCAUUCAAAGCUCAACUCCUAUCAGUGCGCAGCCAUGCUCUCUAAUAUAAAUAUGUAUUUGUUAACUUUAACAGCUCUUCACUGUACCUACAACGCGUUGAACAAACACCCCACAGUAUACAGCUUAUCUUUGCGGUGAUAAGAAUCGCAUGUUUAAUUACAAUACAUAUUGGCCACACCACAACUGCAGCGUUAAAUUUUCCACCAGAAACUCUGUAAACUCGCAAUGGAAAGGCAGCUGCGCGGUUGGUUGCGCUACUGCACAUAUUUCGGUAUCUACGUAGGCGCUUUUGAGGAUAGUAGCCUCCGCGUCACAAUACACAACGUGAACAGCACAAGCAGCCAUUUUGCGAUUGAGACGAGGAGGCGCGCACAAUGGUGCCGACGCGCAGCAAUUUGCAGCACACUGACGCGGCAACGUCUCUAUCUGUGUCUGCUAAUGCUUGUGCUGGGCGUAGUCUACACGCAUGGCUUAAUAACACGCGCCACGAUGCCGGGUAUCUCUUGGGUAGCCGCGACUUUACUCUACAGUCUGCAUGUGAUGGCAGUGUUGUUUAUAUUACUCGAAGCUUGGCACAAGCAGGCGCAACAUGAUCGCUUUCUGCAGCUGCUGGAGCAGAUUGAAGUAACACUGCGCUUACGGUUGCAGCACAAAGUGCAACACGCGGUACUAUUCAACGGUCUGCGUCGGCUCAUCGCUUAUUUGUUGGUGUUUUCGAUGCUCGGAUUCGCGCUCUUUGCCUUGUCCACCAUGUGGUUGCCUUAUGUAGACUAUUUCUGGCAUGGCAUUUGGUUGAUCAUAAUUAUACGCAUACGCCUGAUACAGCUCAUAGUCUAUCUGUGCAUCUUGCGCCACUUCUUGCAAUGUUUGUGCACGCGUCUGCGUUCGAUUGUGGCAGCGCGCUUGUCAUUGCGCUGUCAAAUUUUGGAUGUGGACUGUGAGCGCUUGUGCUUACUCCAGCGUUUAUUGGCCGUGAAGGAGAUCUACGAGCUGCUGCACAAGGAAUUUCAGCUGCUCAACGACUUCGCCGGCUGGUCGUUGUUUGCCAGCAUCAGCUCGUAUUUAUUGGACGCGAUUUGCACACUCUACUGGAUGCUGCUGAGUAUCGAAGGAUUCGUUCGACGGCGUCAUUACGAAAUUGCGGGCCUUUUUAUGUUGCUGCCGCUGGCGGCAAUACUCUGGUAUCUGAUGUACUUGUGCGAUAACUGUCAGCAGUUGGCGCGCUCUGUGUCCCAAUUGUUGUCUAAAUUGAUGAUCAUUAACUCAGCAAAUCGCGCUCUAAGACCACAACGUCUGCUUUUAUACCAAUUUUCGGCACAAUUACAAAUACAACGUAUUGAAGUGUCGGCUCACAGUUUCUUCAUACUAGAAAUGCGUUUUCUCAUAGCGAUAUGCACAGUAGUCGUGACGAAUCUGGUGAUUCUGGUGCAGAUUUUGAAAUCCUAAUAAUAGUAAUGAAGCAAAUGCAUAUUUUCAUUAGGGUGGUACAAAAUGCCGUCUACUUCUUCAAACUAUAAUUCAUAUUAAAACAAAACUUGCAAAAAACCGAAAAUCUCUUUUAAAUCCGAAUAAAAAAUUGAAAAACUUAUUUA